AUACGUCAAAACUUAAAGCUCAAUCCAGAUGUACGCGAUGCGAUUCUACAAACAUUGUUCGAUGUUUCGUACGCUACACGAUUAUUGAAAUACACUCAAUAACUGUCUAGAGUUGUGACGAAAUUACAGUUUACAAGCUUCCCCAUUUUGUUGCUGGUUACUCAAUCCAAUCGCUCCGUUAAUUAGCACUAAUGACUUGUUGCGAGGUUAUUUUUCGUUGUGAAUAACACUCCGCCCUAGUAGCUUACGACUCUUAGAAUGUCCAGUUCAGGUAACAGCGUAGGUUGCGUGAGUGAGGUCACUCUAGCUAUUAGUAAAGAGAGGAACUCGCAGCCUGAUGUCUUGCGAACGAUUGACAGCCCAGACUCUGAUGGAUCUGGUCAUUCCAACUCCUUUACCGUACAGAGAUUCAAUUAUCCUAAUCAGACCAGUCCUAACAGGAACACCGAAGCUCGUUAUCAACCGUCGUCUAAUAGCGACUUGAGAAUACCAAUUGUUGGCUACGAAGUUAUGGAGGAACGAGCGAGGUUCACGGUGUACAAAUUGCGUGUUGAACCGAGACUUGGAGAAUGCUGGUUCAUUUUCAGAAGAUACACAGAUUUUGUUCGACUUUUGACACAGUUGAGAAGACAAAAAGCUUCGACCUCCCAUUUAUCUUUACCACGAAAAAAAUGGCUUGGAGAUAAUUUUGCACCUAGCUUUCUCGAAGACAGAAUAAGAGGGCUACAAAAUUUUGUAAAUGGUAUUUUAAACAACACCAUUCUCAUACAAAUACCAUGUGUGAGAGAAUUUUUUUGUCUGGAUGAGCCACCUGCACUUUCAGACACUGUCGAGGAAUCUCGAGCAAUUUUCGAGGCCCUGGAAGACACAAUUUAUCAUCUACGCCAGCAACUUAGAGAGAGAGACGCUGCUCUAGCUAUGGAAUCAGUUAGAACUAAUGAACUGCGACAAAAACUACAACAUAUCAUAAGCGUAACACAAACAUGUUCAAAGUGUGGGACCUCACAACCAUUAACAUCAAUUGAUUGAUGUUAAUUCUAUUACCAAUUACCGUGAUAUUUUAGUAAGUAAGUGUUAUGUUACUGUUCUUCACGUUAUGGAUGAUUAAAAAUAAUAUCUAGUUUUUAUAUUAUUAUUAUUAUUAUACGUAUCUAGUAGCUAAAGGUACUUGAAUCUUUACGAAAACUUUAUAUCAGAGUCCACCUAUACAGGAAACGUUGUUAUAUAAAUUUACACGUGUAUAGGUAUGUUAUUAUUAUUGAUAGGGUUUUCCAAUUUAUGUUGCUCCAAGAAUACAAAUCUAAUACGUAUUCGCACUUGAAAUUUUUAUUGAGAAGACUGAUAUGCGCUACGAAGGCUUACUUCCUAUACAUUGCAUCGCCAUAAAUUUGUCAGUGAAAAAAUAACUUACCAGCCGCAACAGGUUCAUCGAAUUUUACAGAUCGUAUAAAAUUUGCAAACUCACUUUUGAAUGUUUUACAACUUGGUGAAACAGAGAUAAAGGUGACGGCAUAAUACGCUCAAUAAUAAAGAAAAUAAAUGCAAAACCCUAUUUUUCUGUAACGUUACUAUAGAGUUUAUAGAAUAACUAUAUUAUAUUAUAACAUAUCUGCAACGGAAAUUUUCGAGGCAAUAUUAUCGUUAUAAAUAAAAACCAGCAACUUGACAUGGGAAGUUAUUACACGUAAUAUAGCGGUGAUAGGUAGCUCUGAUAACAGGCUAUGAGGAUUUGUACGAUUUUUUUGAGACAUUUGAAUAUUUUGUCUUGUUUUUUAGCUGACUUAACCCACGGCCGUACUAACUUCCCAUUUAGGAUAGGAAUUAUUUUAUUUAUUGAAAUUUUAUAUAAGUUGGCUACAUUGAAUUUUUAUAAAAGGUAAACAAAAAAAUCACACUAGUUUUAGUAUACCUUAAUGAAUUGUUCUUUAUUGUUGUUUGAAUAAUUCAACGAAAUAUCAAUUAUUCGUUGAUGGGUAGCAACGGUCGGAUGUCUAAUUAAUAUAAGAUUUACUGAAAAAUUUGUGGCAUACAAAUUGCAGUAACGACUUUUAUGGCUUCAAAUAAUUAUCGCUGGUCAAAAUCAUUAUCUAUUCGUCAUAAAUCACACUCUUUCGUAACGCUUGACAUAUGCAGCUUAUUCAAUUUUCCUUAUAAUUCCAAAGAUAGUAGAUAUAUUUUCUCACCUAGUUAUUUUAGGAAUAAAGUUGCGUCACUAGAUUGAAAAAAAAUCACAUUUGCAUAGACAAAUACCAAAUUCCACGCAGGCGUUACUUCGAUUUAAAAAAAUUGCAUUUGAUGAUACAUCAUCAGGAUAAACUGUCAAAUAAUUUUCUAGUAUUAUCAAUUUUGUACAACUGAUUAUUAUUUCGUAGGAGUUACCCGAUACGGGACCAUAAAUGAAAUUUGUACUUUACAAACUGUAAUCAACAAUUUGUAUGGGUUGUACGCCUAAAGUAUUAUUAUCACGAUGUCAGCGUGAGUGAGCUUUACACAGUUCAUAGAUUUUACGAAAACACCUUUAUAAUUGAAUUAGAAUCAUGGAAACAAUACCCAGUGAUUAGUGAAUUGAGUAAAAACUAUCUGGCAAGUGGUAAUAUUUCUAAGCUGAAUAUAAAUAAAUAGACGUAUAAGAUUUAUUUUUAUACAUUUCAUAAUGGAAGUUUGAUAUAAGGUGUUAUAAUGCAAUGUUUUCGUGCCUUAUGAAAUAUAUUCUAAUGCUACCUGUUUGGAUGAAAAAAAUAGCACCAUCAAAAAUUCCAAUUUUUAUUCCAAUACAAUCGGUAUAAAAAUUAAGAUGGUUUUGUACUACAAUGUUUUGCCUUCGUUUUCUAACAACCAGCCUUUAAAUAGAAAAAAUAGAAAAAUAAAAUCACGAGAAAAAUCGAGUAUCAUUAUCUAUAAUGUACGAUUUCCAUGCUCAAGCAUAAUUGAAUUGUCAAUAAAAAGAAAAAAAAAGAUUCAAUAUUAA